AUGAGGGCUGCGAGGACCCUUGUCUCCCGAGGCAGUUCGCUCCCCGUGCUGGUCCUGGCUGUGCUCCUGGUGGACUCUCUCGGCGAGGAGUUAGUGUUCCACCCUGAGUGGGGCUUUGACUCCUAUGAAAUCACCAUCCCCAAGAAGCUGAGCUUCCGGGGAGGGGAGCAGGGCGUGGCCAAGUACGUGUCCUACCUCCUGCACGUAAAAGGCAAGAACCAUAUCCUCCACCUGUGGCCCAAGAGGCUUCUCUUGCCCCGGAAUCUGCAGGUUUUCUCCUUCACAGAGCAGGGCAGGCUCUCGGAGGAUCACCCGUACAUACCCAGCAACUGCAACUAUAUGGGCUUGGUUGAAGGCAAUCAGGAUUCUGAAGCUACUUUAAGUACAUGCUUGGGGGGUCUCCGAGGCAUACUGCAAAUCGAAGCCAAUCAUUACCAAAUCGAGCCCCUGAAGGCUUCUUCCAAGUUUGAACAUGUCAUAUAUCUCCUGAAGAAAGAGGAGGCAUUUCCCAGUCGGAUCUGUGGCUUAACUGAUGAUGCAACAGGACAGCAGAUGGCCGAGCAUGAGAACAGGGCCAGGAUGCCGGACUUUAGUGAGUCUUAUAUACAUCAGACAUACUUGGAGUUAGCCCUGGUCUUUGACAACAGUAGGUAUUUAUAUUUGAACUCCAAUCUUACUCUAGUCAUAAAUGAUGCCAUUCUUCUGGCUGCAAUUGCAGACUCUUACUUUCAAGAUGUCCGUAUGAGAAUACAUCUAUUUGCUAUUGAAGUAUGGACAGAUGUAGACAAAAUUAAAGUUAAUUUUCCAAAGUUAGACCAAGUUUUAGGCCAAUUUAUGGUAUAUAGAACAAGUGUACUAAAUGCUCGGUUUCCAGCAGAUUGGGUACACCUAUACCUUAAAAGAAAUUAUUCAGAUGUACUUGCACAGGCCUGGGGAAAUGUGUGUAGUCUGUUUUAUGCUGGAUCUGCAAGUGUUUUUCCUAAUGUUAAUGUCCUUGGACCUGCCACUUGGACUGCUCAUUCUCUGGGCCAUGGUGUGGGAAUGCUACAUGAUGAAGCAUACUGCCAGUGUAAAGGCAGGCACAGUUGCAUCAUGGGCACUGGAAGAACUGGGUUUAGUAACUGCAGUUUUGCCCAUUUUUUUGCACACAUACAUAGAAGUGGAAGUGCAAAGUGUCUAACUAAUAUCCCAGCAUUAGGUUAUGUGACUAAGAGAUGUGGAAACAAAAUUGUGGAAGACAAUGAGGAAUGUGACUGUGGUUCAAGAGAAGACUGUAAAGAAGACCAGUGUUGUCAACCAGAUUGUAAAUUCAAAGAAGGUGCCAAUUGUAGCACCGGCCUUUGCUGUCAUAACUGUCACUUUCGUCCGUCUGGGUAUAUGUGUCGGAGGGAAGAAAAUGAAUGUGACCUUGCAGAGUACUGCAGUGGGACCUCAGCAUUCUGCCCAAGUGAUGCUUACAAGCAGGAUGGAACCCCUUGCAAGUAUGAAGCCCAUUGUUUCCAACAGAGUUGCCGAUCCAAGUAUAUGCAGUGCCAAAAGAUUUUUGGACCUGAUGCUAAGGAGGCCCCUCUUCAGUGCUAUGAUGCAGUUAAUGUAAUAGGUGACCAAUAUGGGAACUGUGGUAUUUCAGGAAUUCGUGAAUUUCAAAAGUGUAGAAGAGAAAGGGCUAUAUGUGGCAGGCUACAGUGUAUAAAUGUUGAAACCAUCCCUGAUAUGCCAGAUCAUACUAUUCUAAUUGCCACUCACCUGCGUGAAGAAAACCUCAUGUGCUGGGGCAUUGGCUAUCAUCUAGCCAUGGUACCUAUGGGGUUACCUGACCUGGGUGUGAUACACGAUGGUACCUCCUGUGGUAAGGAGCGGAUAUGUUUUAAUAGGAAUUGUGUGAAUAGCUCAGUCCUGAAUUUUGACUGUUUGCCUGAGAAAUGCAACCACCGAGGCAUUUGUAACAAUAACAAAAACUGCCACUGCAUGUAUGGCUGGGCCCCUCCCUUUUGUGAGGAGAUGGGAUAUGGAGGAAGCAUUGACAGUGGGCCACCGGGACCACUAAAGGAGCAGGUGUCUGUUUCAAUUCAGGUUGUGUCCCUUAUAUUAAUGCGCCUUAUUUUCUUAAUUAUCUCAGUGAUUAUUGUGUUUUUCAGGAAACUCAUAGAAAGCUUAUACAACCAAAGAGAAAGAAACACCACCAGUUAA